CGUUAGCCGGGGCGGGCUGACGGGCUGAGGCGCUGGCCGGCUGAGGAGUCUUGGUCUCUGUCGCCGCUGGUUUUCUCUCGUUUCCUGGGGCGCCCGUGAGGCGGGCUGCCGGCAGACGUCUCCUCGGCAUGGAGCACAUCCGAACGACCAAGGUUGAGCAAGUGAAAGCACUUGACCGAUUCAGCACCAGCAACAAGUCAUUAACAGGAACGCUGUAUCUUACGGCCACCCAUCUAUUAUUUAUAGACUCUCAUCAAAAAGAAACUUGGAUAUUACAUCACCAUAUUGCAUCAGUAGAGAAACUCGCAUUGACGACUUCUGGAUGCCCACUUGUGAUUCAGUGCAAGAACUUCAGAAUUGUGCACUUCAUUGUUCCCAGAGAAAGAGAUUGCCAUGAUAUUUACAACUCUUUGCUACAACUGUCAAAACAAGCAAAAUAUGAAGAUCUGUAUGCAUUUUCUUAUAAUCCCAAGCAAAAUGACGCAGAACGACUACAAGGUUGGCAGCUUAUUGACCUUGCUGAAGAAUAUGAAAGAAUGGGAGUGCCAAAUUCACACUGGCAGUUGUCUGAUGCAAACCGAGAAUACAAGAUCUGUGAAACUUAUCCCAGAGAACUUUACGUUCCCCAAGUAGCAAGCAAACCAAUAAUUGUUGGGAGUUCCAAGUUCCGGAGCAAGGGAAGAUUCCCAGUGCUUUCAUAUUACCAUCAAGAUAAGGAGGCCGCCAUCUGUCGCUGUAGCCAGCCGCUGUCGGGAUUCAGCGCCAGGUGCCUGGAGGAUGAGCAUUUGCUGCAAGCCAUCAGUAAAGCCAAUCCUGUCAACCGCUACAUGUAUGUCAUGGACACCAGGCCCAAACAUCGCAUGCAGAGCUGGUGGGCUACACAAAAGGACAUUGGCAGAAUUAUAGUGAUGAUUCCUUCAAAAAUCUGGAAUGAUGAGAAAAUAAGAGAAAGCCAUGAGAGAAAGCGACUAAAUGCUAUGGCCAACAGAGCAGCUGGAAAAGGUUAUGAAAAUGAAGACAACUAUUCUAACAUCAGAUUUCAGUUUGUUGGGAUUGAAAAUAUUCAUGUCAUGAGGUCUAGCCUUCAGAAAUUAUUGGAAGUCAAUGGUACCAAAGGGCUGUCUGUGAAUGAUUUCUACUCUGGUAUGGAGAGCUCCGGAUGGCUUCGCCAUGUCAAAGCUGUUAUGGAUGCUGCAAUCUUCUUAGCCAAAGCAAUAAUGGUUGAAAACGCAAGUGUACUGGUACACUGUUCUGAUGGUUGGGAUAGGACUUCCCAGGUUUGUUCCCUUGGCUCUCUCUUACUGGAUUCCUACUAUAGGACAAUUAAAGGAUUCAUGGUUUUAAUAGAAAAGGAUUGGAUCUCCUUUGGACAUAAAUUUUCAGAGAGGUGUGGCCAUUUGGAUGGUGACCCGAAGGAAAUCUCACCAGUGUUUAUUCAAUUUUUGGAAUGUGUGUGGCAUUUGACCGAACAGUUCCCACAAGCCUUUGAAUUCAAUGAGGCAUUUCUUCUUCAGAUCCAUGAACAUAUUCAUUCAUGCCAAUUUGGAAACUUCCUUGGAAAUUGUCAGAAGGAAAGAGAAGAACUCAAGUUGAAGGAGAAGACUUACUCCCUGUGGCCAUUUCUUCUGGAUGACCGAAAGAAGUACUUAAAUCCUCUCUACAGUUCCAAAGCUCAGAGAUUUACGGUCUUGGAGCCAAGUACAGUAUCUUUCAGUUUUAAGUUUUGGAGAAACAUGUACCACCAGUUUGAUCGAACAUUGCAUCCUAGGCAGUCUGUGUUUAACAUUAUUAUGAAUAUGAAUGAGCAGAAUAAGCAAUUAGAAAAAGAGAUUAAAGACUUAGAAUCUAAAAUUAAGCAGCGCAAAAAUAAACAAACGGAUGGCGUCCCCACAAAGGAAUUAUUACAUUCAAUUCAUCCUGAAUCACCUAGUCUCAAAACCUCCUUGUGUUUUAAGGAGCAGACUCUGCUCCCUGUGAAUGAUGCUCUUCGAACUAUAGAGGGCAGCAAUUCAGCAGAUAAUCGUUACAGCGACUACGCGGAAGCGUUUUCCAAGUCAGAACCUGCUGUUGUCAGCUUAGAGUAUGGCGUGGCAAGAAUGACUUGCUAGAGUCUUUGGACAUUUUCUGGAUUGGCUGUAGUGCAAGAACUGGAUUAUCGUGAGGGUGGUCUGUGUCACAGGACCCAAAAGGGAUUUUUCUACUAAUGAUCUUACGGUUUAACAGUAGGUUAAUAGUUAAAGAAAGAAUAAUAACUGGUCUUGUGAGAGAAACAAGUCAGUUUAAUUGCUUUUUGAUUAAGGAAUAACAUUCAGCUCUGUAAGAAAUGAGUGGUAUUUGGGGGGUUUCCUCAAAACACGAUUUGCACUGUACACUAGUGAAUUGACACUUCUGUGUGAUUUAUGUGUUCAUUACAGCCAAACAUGAAUAACCUUCCUUCAAAAAAGUAUAACUUAAUUGCAAAAAAAGAAACUUGACAAAGUGGGCCUUUAUUUAAUGAUUGACGUGGCAUGUACUUUCAAUUAUGUAAUGUAACUGUGAAUACCUACAGACAUUUUGCCAGAUUGUAAUGUUUAAUAUUGAAGUACUAUGAAAAAUAUUUCUAAGAAGGCCUUAAAAUAAAUUUUCAGCUCAUUCUUUACCCUUAAGUUUUAUAACCUGAAGCAAAAUCUUUUGAUUUUGGUCAGCCUUGUUUGAUUUGUAAACAAGUGUGUUCUCAUUACUGCAGGAGUUGCAUGCUAUAAUAAGAAAAAUACUCCUGUGUAAACAGCUGCCAAAGUACACUGUUUAGUUGGUCCGCCUCCAUAUUCAAACUUAGUCAAAAACAAAAAAGGUUUUCUUAUAAUUACAAUUUGUUUAGUGCUAAUUUGAUUGCUUAUUCCUUACAGCAUAGGUAGGUUAUUGAUUUCUUAAACGUGCCACAUAUUUGACUGUCUUUUAUAUAUGAAUUAUUACAUUCUGCUGAUUUUAAUCUUACAUUGGCUUUAUUCCUUUGAUAAAUAUGUAAAUUUAAAGAGAUAAAGCUCUAUUAUGUUCUUAGAAACAAGGAAUAGUACAUAUUUAAAAACAAACUGCUUUAUCUCUCAGUGCCUAACUUUCAGUUUAUCCAAACACUUCUGGUUAAAAAAAAAGCAGUUAUUUCUAUAUGGAGCGUUUUUUCCUCUCUGUUAACUAUAGAAGAGGAAGAAAAAAAGAAAAUUAAGGACAGCCUAAUAGAAAGUUAAUGUUUAACAAAAGCAGUUUGAACCCUGGGAAGGGUUUCAUUUUGCCAUGCCAUUUUUACUGUUUAUUCUAUCUACAUAGUGGUACAUAUCUUUAGAUUACCAAGAAAGAAAGAAAAAAAAUUCCUUGCAGUUGGCAGGGAUUGAAAUUGAAAUGUAUUAUGCCUAUGGGUGACACAAGGUACAAUGCAGGGUACUAGGAAUCUGCAUAGGACCUCUAACGCUCUUACUACACCUGUAUCUGUUAUAUUAGUUUUGAACAUAAAGGUUUUUUUCAAAUGGAAAAAGGCUUUACUGUAUGAGAAUUUAUCUAAUCCUGUUUAUUUUUCCAAUGCUUUUCUGUAGCACAAUAUGUAAUAAGAAAAAUGCGCUGUAAAUUAUAGUCAGCAAUUUAGCCAAACCUGUUUCCAUGUUUAAGCAUUGGGAGGGGACAGUUUUAAUCUCUGUGGUAACAAAGGGAAGGUUUUGUGCCUUGUUACUUGAUUCCAGUCACUGGUUUUGGUUUUGGAGUCUUCCGUUGCAGACUUUUUGUAUUUAACUCUUUGGUUUACUAUCUUAACCUUCAACUUGAGACAUACAUGUGUGUGUUUAUUUGCUCACACAGAGACUGAGAAAUCAGUUAACAUCCUAAGUGACCUAUAAAAAAAAAUAGGGUGUAUAUAUACUGGCAAAAAGCAGAUUGUGUAUAUGUCUUAUAAAAUUGCAGUGUGUUUGGGAAUGUAUAGCAUGUAAAUUAUUUCAUAUAUUAUUUAAAGGUAAUUAAAUGUCCAUGUUUUACUUUGAAUGCUUUUUUUUUUUUUUUCCCCUGGAAAAAACAAAUGGAAUUAAGUUUUAGUUUGUUUUCAUGUAAGCAAAUGGACCUGCAUGUUACAUUACAGUAACUAUAAGAGUAUGAGAUUUGAGCAGCUCAUGUUCCAAAAGAUUGAUGUUUAUAUAUUUAAUACCUAUUAACACAAAAAUUUCCUAAAUAUUUGAAAUAGGCAUAGUGGGGUAAAAAUUUCAGCAUAUAUAAUUAAUGACUAAUUGGAUUUACCUUUUUGCACCUGUCACUUCUGGCUGUUACAAUCAGUAUUUUAUUGUGCCCUUGCCAACUUAUUGAUUUGAAGACAGGUCAGGUGAGCACAUAUAUUUAAGGUAAAAUUUCUGGAGGAAAAUGGCUGGCAGUGAAGAGUGUAAGUUUAUUUUGGAAUGUUUUAAAUAGAUGUCAUAUAGUUAGGUAGGAUAGAAAUAAUUCAGGGAAUCUUGAGUAAAAGAAAAAGGUAAGUCUGUUUUUUGUUUUUGAUUUGUUUGAUCAGAUGACAGAAAGGGGAGGGGUGUUGUCUAGCCUUUCUUGAAAAAUUUUUUUGCAGGUCAGCUUGAGAAUACUGAAAAAUUUCCAGUUGGUAUUCUAAACUGGAUGAAAUGCUGGUUUUCUGCAAAACUAUAUAGAGCAGUUGCGGACUUUAUCAGUGACCUGGAGCCAUUCUCAUUAGCUAAAUUUUAGCUAUUUCAUUGGCUUUUCCAUGUAGCAGUCCAGUUGGCAUUAGCAUAACUUGAUUAGUUAAAGUGAAAUGUUGAGCCUGUAUUUAAAAAUCUGUAUGAUUCUAUAUAAGCUUUAGGAAGCUAUAAGUAGAAAAAGAUAGCCAAUAAUCUAAAAUGAUUAAUUAUCUAAAAAGAAUAUAUAUAUAUACCAUUGUAUUUGUCAUUUUAUAAGAAAAUAAACACUAAUUUUUGCCAUUUUUAUAAUAAAAACAGUAUUAAUGCUAUGCUAGUAAUUUCUAGGACAGUAAAAUAUUUUUUUGCACAGCACCUUUUAUAUAAUAGUGGAAUAUGUAACUGAAAGCAACUUUCAGAAGCUACUUAGUAGUAGGCUCUAAAGCUUUAGUCUUUAACUUCCUGAUUUGGUAACUACAGACUGGGACUCUGGAGUAUUAAAAAAAAAAAAAAACCCACC